AUUGUGCUGUUGCUUUUUACCCUUGUUGUUUCAGUAGCCAUAACAGGCAACUGCCUUCCUCAUACUGCCUGUUAGCAGAGGUUAGCCUGCGAGCUAGCCGUCUUACUGAUAAUCAGUCGAGUGCGUUUCUUGAAUGGGUUGGUUUGUGUCCCGCUACUCAUUCGAGUGACACUGAAUUGUGCCUGCCAUGACGACGCAGCCACAGAUGCAUACUCAAGCGGACCGUUGUUAUGGCGAUGUCAAAUGCAAAAGUGUGAAUCCCAGUUCUCGCAAUGGCCACCUCAGGCUACGUAGGUGAGAUCCAGCCGGCAGCCCAACCCCAGGGGGUUGGUGUUGCUGUCACAUCUGGGCAACCCGACGCCAGCUCCAGCCCUGCAACUGCCCCUCAGUUUCUGGCUGAGAUUCAGACUACUGUAGCCACCCCCACAGUUGUCACACCCACAGUCCAAACUACUCCCACUGAACAAACUGCUUCCAUCACCACUCAGAAGCCUGCAGCUGGUAGUCAAGCCCAGUCCACAGCACAGGCCCAGCCAGCUCAGACACAAUAUGUGACUGCAGAGAUCCAGGGCUCCCCCACACAGUCUGGAAAUGCUCAAAGCACUCCUCAGUACAUCGUUGUUACUGUCACAGAGGGCUCCCUUCACUCAAGUGACAGUGUGUCAGACUCUAGUCCCCCUCCAGCUGUGGUGCAGACUGGAGUGCCCACGCAGGUUGUUCAGCAGGUACAGACAGCUCAGCAGCAGAGGUCUGUGGUGCAGGCCACCUCUCAAAUAGCCAAGACUGAGCCAGGCACCCAGCUCAGUGUCACCAGUCUACAGCCUGUUCAUAUUAGCCCUGAGCUCCUUCCUAGCACUGAAGUGACAGCGUUAGUCAGAGAUAAGAAUCUAGAAGAAUGGCAGCCGCAUCAUGAGAUGGGACAGCCAGAGUGCCUGGCCUGGGCAUCAGCAGACUACAAAGGAGACUGCUGCAGCAAACCCCUCUUGCUCCCCUUGGACCUCCUUCAGUAUUACCAAUCAUUGUACCUGCUCUCUAUGCACGCUGAGAAAGAGAUAGGAGCCCACCCCGCAGUCACCAGCUCAGGCUCCGAUCAGUCACCACUGCUUGCUACAACUACGUCUUUCCAAGUCCAGCAGCAGCUCACACCAGUGCCAGUGCAACAUGUGUACACCAAUCAAGUGCAGUAUGUGGAAGGAGCAGACACUAACUACACCACCAGCACCAUUCGUUCCAGCGCCUUCCCUUACACUGACACACCCCUGUACACGCAGACCACCGCUGCCCAGUAUUAUGAAGGUCAGCCAACCUCAGGCUCACAGGCGUCCACCCCUGGCACACCUCUAACCGUCUCUGUGACUGCUGGCACAACAGGCGGCGUGUCCAUGUUUGUGGCCCAGCCCACCAGCGCAGCAGGGGGAGGGGCCACAGUGGUGUCCACAGGUGUAACCACCAAUGGGGCAGGGGAUGGGGCAGGCACCAAUGGUGGUGCCACAGGAAGUUAUGUGAUCCAGGGGGGUUACAUGCUGGGCAGCAGCAGCGGAGGGGCAGCUGGCAACAGUCAGAACUACUCACACACCGCCCGCGCCUCCCCAGCCACUGUGAGUAUUACAGAGGGCGAGGAGAGUAGCGUGCCGUCGGCAGACAAGAAGGUACAGUGGUUGCUGGACAACUAUGAGACAGCUGAAGGAGUGAGUCUGCCGCGUUCCACACUCUACUGCCACUAUCUGCUGCACUGCCAGGAGCAGAAACUAGAGCCUGUUAAUGCUGCCUCUUUCGGGAAACUCAUUAGAUCAGUGUUCAUGGGGCUGCGUACACGACGCCUGGGCACACGAGGUAAUUCUAAAUACCACUACUACGGGCUGAGGAUCAAGGCAGGCUCUUCUCUUCUCCGUCUGAUGGAAGACCAGCAACAUCUGGCCAUGAGGCAGCAGCCCUUCUCACAGAAACAGAGGUUGAAGCCUGUGCAUAAAGUUGAGGGAAUGACCAAUGGGACAGCAUCAGGACUAGGCCAGCAGCAGCAACAGCAGCAGGGUUCAGGGCAUGUUGACAUCAGCACCCAGGUUCAGCAGUACCAGCAGUUCCUAGAUGCAUCCAGAGCACUCCCAGAGUUCCCAGACAUCGACCUCCAGGGGAAAUCUCUGCCAGAGGGCAUUGAGCUUGAGCACAUAAAGAGCUUUCAGCUGCUGUACAGAGAACACUGUGAGGCCAUACUGGAUGUGAUGGUCAACCUGCAGUUCACCCUGGUGGAGACCCUGUGGAAGACCUUCUGGAGGUUCAGCCAGAGUCAGGCUGGAGAUGCCACCUUGGCUGUUCAUGAUGAGUCAGAGAAGCGUCUCCCUAAAUCCUGCCUGGUGUUGCUGUGCAAGUAUGAGCCAGUGCUGCGCUGGAGCCGUGACUGUGACAACAGCCUGUACCAGGGCCUGGUGGAAAUCCUCAUUCCUGAUGUCCUCAGGCCCAUCCCCAGUGCCUUAACUCAAGCCAUCCGGAACUUUGCCAAAAGCCUGGAGAGCUGGCUGACUAAUGCCAUGAUGAACAUCCCUGAAGAAAUGGUCCGCAUCAAGGUAACGUCUGCCAAUGCAUUUGCCCAGACACUGCGUCGCUACACUAGUCUGAACCACCUUGCCCAGGCAGCACGUGCCGUCCUCCAGAACACAGCCCAGAUCAACCAGAUGCUCUCUGACCUCAACCGUGUCGACUUUGCUAACGUCCAGGAGCAGGCUUCGUGGGUGUGCCGAUGUGAAGACCGUGUUGUCCAGCGGCUAGAGCAGGACUUUAAGCUGACCCUGCAGCAGCAGAACUCCCUGGAGCAGUGGGCUGCAUGGCUGGAUGGUGUGGUCUCCCAGGUCCUAAAGCCCUACCAACAAAGCCCUACCUUCCCUAAGGCUGCAAAGCUCUUCCUGCUCAAGUGGUCCUUUUACAGUUCCAUGGUGAUUAGGGACCUGACCCUGCGGAGUGCAGCCAGUUUUGGUUCCUUUCACCUGAUCCGCCUGCUGUAUGAUGAGUACAUGUACUACCUGAUAGAGCACAGAGUAGCCCAGGCUAAAGGAGAGACCCCCAUUGCUGUUAUGGGAGAGUUUGCCAGUUUAGGCCGGGGUCUAAACCAGCUGGAUCCUGACAAAGAAGAAGAAGAGGAAGAGGAGGAGGAGAGUGAUGAGGAAGGUCAAGAGCUGUCCCUCCCCUCAGACGGCGUGGUGCUAGGAGACGAGUCUCUGGAGCCUCCUGCCAAGCUGGCCAGGACUGACCAGAGAGUCCUUUUCACCACUGGCUCAACUGACAACUAACUGCAGAGUAACACCACUGGACGUGGGUCGAUUAUAUUGAUUACACACACACACAUACACACACAUAUAGAGAUGUACAAAGAACACUAAUUUAUACACUUGACACAUGUAUAUAGAUCUUGUAAAUGUGUGUGCAGUCUGUCCUGCAUACUGUAACUCUCCCACAUGUUUAUGCACACACAAUCGAAACACACACCCACUCAGUACUGCUGCUGCCUGGAUGGCAUAAACACCUGUUGGCGCUAUUGAUUCAAUACGCAAUCAUUGGAAUUGCGAUAGGAUGUUGCUUCAAAAACCAGAAUCUCUCAAUGCAAAGUGAGUAACACAGAGCAUUUUAACCUUCAGUUGUAUGGAUCUGUAAAAAUGAACUAAAGCCAGGCAUGUGUUUUGUUUUCUCUUUCAUCACAUUGCAACCUGUAGCCUUGCUGUCUCCUCGCUGAGAAACUUGUACUCACCCUAGAUCCUCCUAGUACUGUCACUGCCGUAUCAAAGUGGUCUUGAAAAUACUGUGAUGUGUGUUUGCGUGUGUGUGUGUGUGUGUGUGUUAAGGUAACCUCUACAGGAGGAGAAUGCAAAGUGGACCUUCAGCAGUAAAUGGUUGCUGAAUUUAGUUGUUUUUAAUUCCUAAAAGGUAUUCAAAAGCGGAAGAGACAUUUGUGGAAUACAGGCGGUUGGGAUUUUUGAGGUGUGUGUGUGUGUGUGUGUGUGUGUGUGUGUGUGUGUGUGUGUGUGUGUUUCAUAGCCCCUGUUGUGUGUUUUCUGUAUGCUCGUAUGAGCACCGGGGUCACACACUCUGCUGUUACUUCUGGAGACCGACUGAACACGCUUUUCCAUAAUGGUUGUGUAUACUUGUGUCGCAGGUGUGUAUGUCUGGUUGUGUGACUGUGAGUCAUGCCAAGUGUUGACUGUUCCAACUGUAGAUAUUUUCUAAAGGCAUUCAAAUAUAAUUUGGGAGACGUGUGUAGAUUUCCUGUGUUCAUUUGCCUGUAAAGAAAAACAUUCUUGUGUUCUUGGAGUGCCUGUCGCAGCUGCUACACACACUUGUAAAGAUAAAGCUACGGCUGUGGAAUAGGGGCUCUCAUUAGUUGCUGCAAAAAAAUCCUCUCUUUAUACUGAACAUCUGGUUCCACGAGAGAGAUACUGUACUGUGUCAUGUAUUUAUGUUCAAAGUGCUUCAUUCCUGUCCAUCUAAUAAGUUCCUCUGUGGCCUCAUUUUCCUUUUGACAUAUCAUUUUCCAGCCUUAUUUGAAUAGAUUUUUCCAUGUCUGUGCCAAACCUGUUUACUUUGAUCCCAAAUCCCAUUGUUUUUAAAUGAUCUUUCUAUGUUUUAAGGAGGACUGUGCCUGAGUAAGAACGGUGAUAUACUUAUAUUCUACUGUAUUUAUCCACUAUUUUGAAUUUUGUUGUCACUAAGUGAACCUCUUGUGCAGUGUAUGGUGCUGUGUUGUCACACAUUGUAAACAACCUUUGUGUGCAUUAUUGAUUUGUGAUUGUAUGUUCAGCUCUCAAUCCUAUAUCAUAUCUGAUGACGUUUUUCCUCCCACAAACAGGCUAACGCCCUGCCUCUUUGCACAUACUGACUAAUGUCUUUGAAACUCCGACAGAGUGAUCUCAAAUGUUUUUCAUUUCUUUAGACGUCCUUUGUGUGUUUUUGACGUGGGUUGCAGGUGUCAGAUUCAUCGCGUGCCACUCAGUGCGGUUUUGAAGCGUUGGGUGUGAGAUCUGAUGACUCUUAUCUGCACAGUCCUCAACCUCAACACUCAUCUCCCUCCACUGUAAUGUACUUUCAUCUCACUGCAUUUCCACCUUCCUGCCAAUGGCUUUGUUUUGCUUCAAACAUCCACAUUCUUAAACACUGUUUGUCAAGAUUGGUUGUUAUAAACAUGUCAUCUUUGGAUUUCUAAAUACAAUGUCUUUUAAAUAGCUGCAAUGUUUUCAACAGGGCAUUGUGAGCCUCAAACCAGCACAUUAUCCUUUCUAGGGAGUCUAAUGCUACCACAGCUGAGUACAUAUCACUCCAGUCUUUUAAUGAUCUACAGCAUAUAGAAUGGCCAUUGUUUACCCAGUAAAAAAAAAAAGUUAAGUCAUUUUUAUAGUGCAUUGUUUCUUAUGUACAAAACAAACUGAGAAAAAAAGAUGUUCAGUGGCAGUGUUUUAUGGAUUUGGUCUGCUAUAAGUAUGACUGUGCCUUUGGAGGUGGUAGAAUGCAAUUCAGAUGUUUUUAAUUUUAAAGAUAUAAAUUAAAGAAUUUUUAAAAAUGUG